AGUCCAGUAGGUGGCGGUAAUGCAAUAAACGCCAAACAAGAAGAAGAAGAAGUUACGUCAUCACUAAGCAACGUUUCCUCCGGCGGCAGCGAGUGGUUGAAGCAGAAACACAUCACCUCGUUUUGAUACAAACAUGGCACCGUCACCCACAAAGAGGAAGGAGGAGGAAAAGACAAAAGAUAGAGGCAAAGAAAAGACUAGUACCAAGGAAGGAGACAAGGAGAGAGGACGGGAGAAAGCGAGGAAACGCCGCAGUGCCUCUACUGGCACCAGCAGCAGGUCCAGAUCUAGCUCUACUUCGAGCAGCAGCUCUGGUUCGAGCUCGGGUUCCUCAAGUGGAUCCAGCUCAUCUGGUUCCAGCCGCUCUGGUUCUUCAAGCUCUCGUUCCUCCUCCUCUUCCAGCUCCUCAGGUUCCCCCAGCCCCAGCCGUAGGCGCCAUGACAACCGCCGGCGCUCCCGCUCAGCCUCCAAAACACAGAAGAGGGGAGAUGAUAAGGAGCGAAGAAAACGAAGCGCAAGCCCCAAACCAACUAAAGUUCACUUAGGGCGGCUGACCAGGAAUGUCACCAAGGACCACAUCCAGGAGAUCUUUUCCACUUAUGGAAAAAUCAAAAUGGUCGACCUGCCGAUGGACAGGAUCAACCCACAUCUGUCCAGGGGCUACGCUUAUGUGGAGUUUGAGACUCCUGAUGAGGCCCAGAAGGCCCUCAAACACAUGGACGGAGGUCAGAUUGAUGGACAGGAGAUCUCUGCAUCUGCCGUCCUGACUCAACGAGUCCGUCCUCCACCUCGUAGACCUUCUCCCCCUCGCAGAAUGCCCCCACCACCACCUAUGUGGCGUCGCAGUCCACCACGCAUGAGGAGAAGGUCCCGCUCCCCGAGGAGGCGGUCCCCAGUACGUCGCCGCUCUCGCUCCAGAUCUCCUGGUCGCAGGCGUCACCGCUCUCGUUCCAGCUCUAAUUCCUCCAGAUAGACGAGUUUCCUACCUCCUGAUAACAAAGUGAUCUCUUAGAUUCUCUGUCACCAGAUCAGCUGGAGUUCCUGCUUUCUCAGACCUCAUGGACUCACCAGAAAUAAUAUCAUCUGCAUUGUAGCCAACAGAAACAUCGACCUGCAUGUAGAAAGCAGAAAUGUUUUUUUAAUUAUUUUUUUUGUGCAAAUGUGAUUUCUUUUCGUAUUUUCAAGUUUUCUCCCUUUGUGUUUGAAGCUGAGGUUUUGCUCCACUGAGAUCCACAAAUAUUUCUUUUAAAGUGUGACUUCUUUUUAUCAUGUACUAAAUUUUUAGACAUUUUGAAAAAUAAAAAUGCUGAAACAUGUACAA